AGCGUUUACGGUAAUUCGUUUGCUCACCACCACGUCCGAACUGCUCAGUAUAACAAUGCUAAGUACAUCGCUGGUCUAUUGAAGUUGUGCGGUUUGGACAGUCCAAAUUGGCACCGAAUACGAGUUUUGUUGUCUGUGUCAGCCUUGAAAUGUCAAUAGUCCGUACAAUGUUGAAGUGUGACUCUUUUCAGGUGCGGUUAACCUCCAUUAUGGAAAUAUUAGCAAAGGCAGCGGUUGUACAAAUCGAAAAACUCCUUGAGGAAAACUGCGCUGUUCUGCGCUUGGAAAUGUACAGGUGUCAAAUUGAGAAUGAAAAGCUCAGAAGGAAGAUCCGACUGAUGGAAUGCGAUCUGGUGACGGCGCCGGGGUCUGGAGAAGCAGCAGGUGUAAAUGAGCUGUACUCAGAUAAUGGACAGUCUCCCCCUUCAGAGAGAGUCUUUGGGCAGGAGUGCAGCUUCAGUCCGAGGAGAGAUGGAGAACCUGCAGAUUUGGAAGAGUCUGCAAACGUGGAUCAGUUCAGGACUGAACCAGUUCUUAUCAAGCAGGAGAGACUGGAAGAGGACUCGUGUUACAGUGACCCACAGCCCACACCUGUAGAAGAGGAACGGGUAGCACAGCCCACACCUGUAGAAGAUGGGAAGAAACCAGACACAGAGCCCACACCUGUAGGAGAUCCAGAGGAGCUGAGUGAGAAGCACAGGUGUGGACACGGUGAUGAGGAGCUCAGUGGACUGGAGUUUGUGGGGAAGGCAGAGCAAGAGGGAGAGCAUGUAGCCCAGAGACUCAAUCAGACAGGAUGUGAACACAGUGCAGGAAGACUCAACAACCUGGGCUCUGAGUAUGUAAUGUAUGAGAGAGACAGUCAGCUAUGGACUUCCUUUACCCAAGAGGACAGUGACCUAGAGACUGAUGAUCCGGUGUGUUCUAAUGCUACAGAACAUUGCUCACAGAAUCUGUCAAUUCACACACAGCUACAACAUGCUCCUGCCACCAUGGAAGUCUCUGGAAACACACUGCCCUCUUUUGGGGCUUCAUAUGUUGAGGAGUUUGAUCAGAUGGGUGAGAAGCCGUCUGCUUGCAGUGAGGAGCUCAGAUCAGAGGCCAUUCACACACAGCAGGGUCAGUACAGAGAGAGACUUGUGCACACAGUGGAGAGAGAGAAUCAGACAUUACUGCCCCAGCAGCAGCAACAUGGACCCUCAGUAAAACACACGAGAGGCAGUGAGAGCCCAGCCCAGCCACACUCAGGCUCUCAGUAUGAGACCAGCUCUACUCUGAGUACCAGGGCUUUCAACACUGGGAAGAAGGGCAAGACUCCAAGGAGGACCGAUUUCAGAGAGAAACUGUUCAGUUGUGCACACUGUGGGAAGAGUUUUGAUCGCUACAGUCACCUUAAGUUACACCAGAGAAGUCACACGGGGGAGAAGCCAUACAGCUGCCCUCACUGCGGAAAGCGAUUCAGUCUGAGGUGCAAUCUUGGCACACACCAGCGAAUUCACACCGGGGAGAAACCGUUCUGUUGUGCACACUGCGGGAUGUGUUUUGCCCAGAAAUCGAGUCUAAAAACACACCAGAGAAUUCAUACAGGAGAGAGACCGUUUACCUGCAGCCAGUGUGGGAAGAGUUUCACUCAGUCAAGUAGCCUUAAAACGCACCAGAGAGUUCACAGCAAAAGUGGACUAAUUUGAUUCAUACACUUCAGCUUUUGCAUAAAAAAAAACACUGUGCUUGUAAACUCCUGUUGUCUCUAACCUGUGGUCCGUUCUGGAAAGCGGGUUUAGCAAGUUAUCUGACGUGUCACUUAGCAGGUGAACUUUAUUUGAUUAUGCUCUAUAAAAGAGGGUUGGAAAAUGGUUUCACCGUAAAAAUAGGCUACAGUUGUGUGUGCUGCAGAUCAAUAUGGGAAUCUAUUCUCCAGGCUUUACAUUGUGAAAAAUUAUAAUUAAGACUAUGAUUAGAUGCUCUUAUUUCUGAAUGAGAGAGAAUAUCUUUGUGGACAUCAUCUUUUUUUUUGACAUCAUCUUCCUUGCUUGUGCUACUGCUGAGGUAUGCUUAUACAGUGCAGUUUGUUAAUAUUUGGACAGUGACACAUUUUUUUGUUGUUUUGACUCUAUACUCCAGCAAACAAACAGUAAAGUAAAACAAUCGCUGUGUGGUUAAACUGCAGACAAAAUUAGACAUCCAUAUUUGGUGAACCAUGUGGUAAUUACAGCCCUUUUUAUAUGUAGUCCUCUCUAAUUCCUAUAGGACCGAAAGUGAUUGCACAAUUGCCUCAACUUAAAGCUGAAAAAUCUGCACUUGUAUGCCGUAAUGAUGGUCUCUUGUUCUGGGACAUUUUUCCUGUGUGUGAUUGGAAAUGGCAUCUUUUAAAAUUGGAAAUGGCUUUUAAUCGUCAUGAUUGGGCUUAAAUGGUUCAGCACGGUUGGGCUACCCGAGCUGGAGUGAGCUUUAUCGGCUGAUUUGGAAUCCGCUGUUGUGGAGCAGAGAAAUCGGGACAUGCCGCAUCUAGCUGAAGCAAACCAGACUAGUUUAUCUUCAUCAUCUUGAGCCUGCUUUCUGGAACGGACCCCUGGAUUACAGAGUUAUCUGGAUAACUGCACCGAGUAAAACCUGGAACCCCCCCCAGACCUGGAACAUGGACUGAAGUAAAAAGAGCUGUUCCGGGUAUUAUUCAGUGCAGUUAUCCAGCUAGCUGCAAUCCCCCAAGAUUACAGAGUUAACCGGAUAACUAACUGCUUUGUGGUAUACACCCCAGUUUAAACUCUUCCAGGUGUGUACAUUUAAUUACUGGAGUCGACCGCAGCUCACUCUAACCGGCAAGACUGGAAUGCCUCCUUUCUUGUUUAUUUCACCCUUACAGUGGAAGUGUAAAAUAAAGUCAGUUAAACACGAAUUUACAGGCAAGAAACAAAUACUAAAAAAAAAAACUCUAAAUAACAUAUUUAUAUUGUCAAAAAUGUAGCACUUAUUUUUAUUUAAACUCCCAAGCAGCUUAUAAAAUCCUCUUUGAGGCCAAAAUAUUCUGGUGAUUCCAAUAUUUUGGCUUGAAUCUUGUGCGUAGCAUAGACACGUUUGCCUACUUUGUCACUUUGUUGUUUUACGCGACAGCUGCUUGAACAAUCUUUGGAUCUGCAGGCCGGAAUAGCAUGUGACCACCAGUCCCCGUCUGUGGGUGUACAACUGAAGACUAAUACUGUUAUUAAUGUUAACAUAUGUGUCAAUAAACUUUUUAUUUUUU